UGCCGUAUCGAUUAUUUGAGUUGACUUCAAUUGCACGCUGCUUUAAUUUUGUCUGGUGGUUCUUAAAAGAAAUAUCAAAUGCGUCCCGAUUUGCUGAUAACCAGCGACAGCGACUUGGAUGUCGCACUUGAGGAGUUCAAGCAAAAGAAGGCGCGACGCGACAGCAUUGGUCCCAAAUACACUUGCAGCAUUGGCAACUGUGAGGCUAGCUUCAAGCGCCUGGAUCAAUUGGAUCGUCAUGAGUUUCAUCAUACCGGCAUUAAGAAGCAUGCGUGCCCGUACGAAGGCUGCGACAAGACUUAUUCGAUAUUGACACAUCUGAAGCGACAUCAACGCAGCACACACGAUCGCACGGCGGCGCCACAGAAGACGAUCAAAUGCACGUUGCCCGAGUGCAGCAAGAUGUUCACGUCCGCAUGCAAUAUGCAGCGGCAUGUACGCGAAGCCCAUGAGGCGCCACGCGAAUAUGCAUGCACACAUUGUACGGCCAAGUUCAGGCAAAAGAUGAAGUUGCGUCGUCAUGUGAUACAACAGCAUACCCAGGAGUAUCCCCAUCGCUGUGAGAAAUGUGGACGCGGCUUCUAUCAACAAUGGCAGCAGGAGAGCCAUCAGCGCAGUUGCAAGCUUUAUGAGUGUGCCGACUGUGAGCAGAAGUUCGAUAAGUGGUCACUGUUCACCAAACAUUGCCGCGAAACGUUGCAUGGCCGCGGCGGCGAGCGACACAAGUGCGAACAUUGUAGUUGCAGCUACGAGAAGGCAAGUGCUCUUGACAAACACUUGGCUACCAAGCAUUCGACAACAGUGGCCACAUUUGCUUGCACAGAACCCGGCUGCAAUCGCAGCUAUUCCUAUGAGCGGAAUCUGCGUCAGCAUGUGGUUACCGUGCAUACGGGACGGCGCUUUGAAUGCCUGGCCGCAGGCUGCGGACGUUGCUUUAGCAGUGCCCAAAAUCUGAGCAAGCAUUUGUUGCGCGAUCACAACACCAAAGAGCAGCCAACAGGCACAACAGAAGCUGAGGCAGCAGCUGCAACUGAAGCUGCAGAAGUCGCAACUGUGAAGACAACUCGCAAACGGCGUCGCGAUGCUGGACAAUCGACGCGUUCGCAACUGGCCAAGCUGUCGUGCCUGGUGCUCGACAAGAGCAUGGAUAAAGCUGUGCGCCAGCGUCAAACUGAGGCACUUACAUCUGUUGCCCAGGAGCUGCAACAGCAGCAGGAGCUUAUGGAAGAUCUGUUGAGCGAUGCGUAAGAUUGCACACUUCCAUACUACUAUUCUUAAAUUCACAACUAGUCACGGCUCGAAUCAUAUACAAUAUAAGAAUCAUUGUAACGCUAAAAUCUAGCUAGAGCAUUCCAAACAAUCUUUUACAGCAAUAGAGCUGUAGGAUUAUUUUUAAAUUAUGAAAUAAAAUUGCAACCAUUAGGGUUAAUAACUUAAA